AACGCGAUAACAUCAACCGACACCUGACGCAAAGUAACGAUCGUCUGGCAUCAUGUUCGUUACCAUCAGCCUGCUGGUGGCAGUGCUCACGUUUGUGUACGUCUACCUCGGAUGGUACGGUGACUACUGGACGAAACGGGGUGUGCCGGGACCUGCCCCGCGUCUACUGUUCGGCAACUUCCCCAGCUUCAUCCUGCGUAAUCGACCGUUCAUUGAGGACUUUAAAGCAAUCUACGACAAGUAUCGCCCUCAAGCCAAUCUGGUGGGAGUCUUUAACGGUCGCCAGCCGGCGAUUAUGGUAAUGAAACCGGAGCUCAUCAAGGAUGUGCUGAUCAAGAACUUCAAGCAGUUCCAGGACAACGAGUUCGCCGACUCGAUCAACAAGGAAAACGACCCAAUCUUUGGCCGCAAUCCAUUCAUGUUGAAAGGCGAGGAGUGGAAGGAAAAACGCGCCGAGGUGACGCCGGCCUUCACUACGUCCCGGAUGAAGGCACUGUUUCCGUUCGUGGAGGAUGUAUCGCAGCGCAUGAAGCAGUAUAUAUCGCAGAACUCCAACGCGGGACCACUAGAAACACGUGAGCUCUGCGCAAAGUACACGACCGAUGUCGUGUCGAGUUGUAUUUUCGCGGCGGACGCACAAUCGUUCACCAAGGAAAAGGCCGAAAUACGCGAGAUGGGCCGGAAGCUGCUGGAACCUAACUUCAAAGUCGUGAUCAUGUUCAUGCUGAUCGGGUUGGUGCCCGCUCUCAAAAAGUUCAUUCCAAUCGCGUUCGUGCCGAAACCGAUCGAAGAGUUCUUUACCAGUCUCAUGGAGAACGCGGUGGCAAUCCGGGAGCAGAACAAAGUAAAACGUGUCGACUACCUGGAUCAUCUGAUCAGCCUGAGAGACAAGAAACAUCUAACGUCGCUCGAUAUGGCCGCACACGGUGUAACCUUCUUCAUCGACGGCUUCGAAACGUCCAGCCUAGCAAUGUGUUACGCGCUGUACGAGCUGGCACGACAUCCGGUACAUCAGAAGACGCUGAGGGAUGAACUGAUGGGCGCAUGUAACGAGGACGGUUCGAUCAAUUACGAUGCUCUGCUUGAGCUAUCCUUCCUCGAUCAGGUGCUCUAUGAAUCCUUGCGACUAUGGCCACCGGCAGCAUUCCUCUCCAAGGUUUGCACCGUACCGACGGAAUUGGAAGUGACAAACGGCAAGACAGUACUGGUCGAGCGCGGCAUUCCGGUGAUGAUCCCUGUCUGGGACGCACACCACGAUCCGGAAAAUUUCGAAGAACCAGAGCUGUUCAAUCCGGACCGCUUCGCCCCAGAAGUCGGUGGUACUAAACAGUACCGAGACAAGGGAUGCUUCUUGCCAUUUGGCGAAGGACCACGCCAGUGCCUUGGCAUGCGGUUCGCGCUAAUGCAGGUUAAACGCGGUAUUUUCGAAGUUAUCACCAAGUACGAAAUCUCGCUUAACUCCAAGACCAUGCAACCGCUCCAGCUGGAUCCAAAGGCAUUCAUCAUUUGUCCACUAGGGGGUAUCUGGCUAGACUAUAAACCAAUCCACACGUAAGAUAAAUGGGAGUAGUGUAAGAUCAAUACGAACCCAGUUUGUCACACUUUUGCAGGGUUAUCUAUAAAAAGGAACCGUGAAAAAUGUAAUCUGGAAUUGAUUUUUUUCUUAUCGAUAUGCUAUUAGUAUCACGCGAGAUUAAAAUGAACAAAAAUCAUAUCUACUUAUCAUCGCUUAGCAACCAAAUUGAGAUUCAUUUCGUUUUGUUCAUUGUGAAAUGUGCAUGGGUUUGAUUUGUAAUGAACGUUACUAUCAAAAUGAGGUAACAAUUUAGAGGCCACAAUUAAAAAAAAGCUUUACGUUCAAGUAAACACACAUCCUCACCGUAUUAGUGUAUCCCUGGUGUUCAAAAAUAUACUUGUUAGAACAUCGUUCCAAAUUUUUGAAUAACGAUAUUUUUACCGAGGGUUCUGACGCAACCAGUUUACGCAUUAUGCAAACUUCAGGUAACAAUGGUAAAGACGGUAAUUGCGUGUGGUUGAUGAUCGUACUUGUCGCGAGAAAAGCUUAUAUAUAUUAUAUUUUUAAAAAAUAUAAUAGGAUUUAAAUGUCUAAAAUAGAACAUCAGGCAUGGUAUGAACUUACUUGUCAGGUAUACCCAAUGCAGUCAGUGAGGGACUUUCCCUUCAGCUUACUGUUUGAUCAGCAACCACAGCUAUGGUGUCGCAUUAAUUGAACUCAAUUGAGCUGCUUGUGAUGAUGUUGCAAUUUUCUGCCGUAAUUUAGAUAUAGUUACGAGAGCCGAAGAGUAUACGUUUCUUUUUAGUUUUUCUGCAUUGCAAACAUUUCCUCAAACAAGGAGGAUCGAGCAAGGAUUUAGCUUUAAAAAAGGCUGUUUGUUUCAUUUUACGCCGUUCUUAGUGUAUAUCAUCUAUGAGCCCUCAAAUUAAAGAAUACUACCGAAAGGUAUUAUAGUUUAAUCGAUCAUCGGUAUUCAAAUAAACUUUCUAGAAUAAUUAAGUCUGGUGGAAUUCGCAUCAAAUGGCGAUUGUUUGCUGUAAAACAAAAAAACUUCCCAAUCGGUUGAAUGCCUAUUAGACACGUUUGCUUUCGAUCAUGCCAGCUUGGGCUGAUGAUAACUACGCUAAAUCUACACGAAAAAUCCACAAACUAGCAUACAAUUAAAUCCACCAACUGGUGCAAGAAGAGAACCAUACUCAAUGAUCGAAUAUUAGAAAAGAAAUCGAAUACACGCAUGACUUAAACAAACACUGCAGAGAACGAAGGGUGCGUUGAUAAUUCGCUGAUUUUAAGUUCGGUCCAGCAGCUGCUGUUCCGCAGCGUCGCUUGUGGCGAGAAUCGCUCAUAUGAAUAUGACCUUGGAUCGAAAGCAUAUCAGAGACGAUGGGACGCGUUGGGAGACGAUGGACUCUCGCGAUAAGGGUGAAUGUCAAUGGGAAAAAUACCAUCUAAAAAUGAGGUAAUUUAUCACCUUUACCAUGUGGCGCGCUUUAUU